AUGUACAUCCCAAGACACGGAUCUCACUCUGGCUCCGGUCGCGGCAGAGGAUACCGAGGAAGAUUCAACCGACCUUCUGGAAAAAUCUCAUGGAGAAAGAAACCAGAAGUAGCUGAGCCACCAGCACCUCGUUUAGGAUCCGUAUUGGCGACGGUUGAGAUUAGUGAUCUGGUGGAGGGGUUGAGAGAAGAGGACUCCAAGAUCACCGACUGCAGGGAUCUUGCAUCCUACAAUUGGCUGAAUCGGAAGGAGCCGACCAUCCUGAUUCCAGGAAAACCUCCCGCUUGGACGCCACAGCCGGACCGGGUCAAGCUUCGCGAAGACGACGGCGAAUACUUUCGAGACCAGAAUGCCGCAAGAUAUCCUUCCCAUCCUCUACAGCCAGCGGUAGAGGCUAUUCUAAAGCAGAAUCCUGAUUUCUUGACGACCGACGUUGACAUCGUUGGGUGUGGUAGCACCUUGGGAAAUCUGCUCCGAUUUGCACGAGGAACCGACAGGAAAUUCCGUAUGGUAUUGGAAGCAAUCGGAUCGACAGUUUUUUUCGUUCGCAGAGAGAACUCGCCUACGCAGACAAUUUCGGGUGUUUUUGGAUAUGGGCACACGUUCCCUGAAGCUAAUACGACCUGGGAGGCAGAGGUGAAGGGGUCUGAGUCUCAUCAACGCAUAAUCCAGUAUUCAUUUGGAGGAAUGAAGUGCCUUGUCCGCUUUGAAGCAGAUGGAUAUCAUCGUGAUCUCGUAUCUCAGACAUCUGGGCCUGAGGAUAUAUCCGCUGAUCGAAGCGUCGAUCAGCUUUUGUCUGUCCUCAACGGCAGCACUGUGAGUUCCCACCAACCCACGGAAAAGAACCUGACCAUCGAAUCCACCGGAAGCUACGUGCCACGAGAAGCAAUCUUUGAUCUCAAGACACGUACCGUCUGGAAGAAGGACAAGAAUAUCAUCGGCGAGGAGCUCCCCCGGCUCUGGAUUUCGCAGAUUCCAAAUCUAGUUCUUGCCUUCCACCGCUCCGGAGUAUUUGAGGACAUCGAAAAGAUAGAUGCUCGAGAGCAUAUCGCCAGCUGGGAGAAACAGCAAAAACAUGAUUUGUCCAAGUUUGCGGCACUGCUGAGACUUUUAGUUGCCUUUGCCCGUGGUCAACCGGAACGAUUCGAGGUGUUCUACGACGGGGAAAGUGGGGUUUUAGAACUGCGUGAGGCAUGCGACGAUGUCAACAAGACCUUGCCAGAGGAGGUGGACGAUAUAUGGUUAUUAGGAGCAUAUGAUGGCUUCGAUAGAGCAGUUGUGAAAGAGGAUGCGAAAGAGGAUGCUGAUGAUUGGAGUGACUCCGACAAGGAUUUUACGGCUUGUUCGGAGGAAUGUGGAUAUUGCGGCCAUUGCUAA